GGCAAAAUGGCUUUCAGUAAAGGAUACCGUGUCUAUCACAAGCUGGAUCCGCUUCCAUUCAGUGUGAUAGUAGAAACCAGAAACAGAGAAGAAUGUCUUAUGUUUGAAUCCGGAGCUGUGGCUGUCCUCUCUUCUGCAGAAAAAGACACAAUCAAGAACACCUACUCUAAAGUAAUGGAUGCAUAUGGGCUCUUGGGUGUAUUAAGAUUAAAUCUUGGGGACACAUUGUUACAUUAUCUGGUUCUAGUAACAGGAUGCAUGUCUGUGGGAAAGAUUCAAGACUCCGAAGUUUUUCGAGUUACUUCCACUGAAUUUGUAUCAUUACGAAGUGAUUCAACAGAUGAGGACCGUAUUUCAGAAGUGCGCAAAGUUUUGAACUCGGGAAACUUUUAUUUUGCGUGGUCUGCAACUGGUGUCAGUUUAGAUCUUAGUCUCAAUGCUCACCGCAGCAUGCAGGAGCACACCACUGACAAUAGGUUUUUCUGGAACCAGUCACUGCAUUUACAUCUGAAGCACUAUGGUGUGAACUGUGAUGACUGGUUGUUACGUCUCAUGUGUGGAGGAGUGGAGAUAAGGACAAUUUAUGCAGCUCACAAGCAGGCAAAGGCUUGUCUCAUUUCACGACUAAGCUGUGAACGGGCUGGCACCAGAUUUAAUGUGCGGGGAACAAAUGAUGAUGGUCACGUUGCUAAUUUUGUUGAAACAGAGCAGGUGAUAUUUUUAGAUGACUCUGUGUCAUCUUUCAUACAGAUUCGAGGAUCUGUUCCAUUAUUUUGGGAACAGCCAGGCCUGCAGGUGGGAUCCCAUCGUGUCAGAAUGUCAAGAGGUUUUGAGGCGAAUGCACCAGCUUUUGACAGGCAUUUCCAAACUCUUAAAAAUUUAUAUGGCAAGCAAAUUAUUGUAAAUUUACUUGGGGCAAAAGAAGGGGAGCACAUGCUCAGCAAAGCUUUUCAGAGCCAUUUGAAAGCAUCUGAACAUUCAGCUGAUAUCAAAAUGGUGAACUUUGACUAUCAUCAAAUGGUUAAAGGUGGGAAGGCAGAAAAACUACACAGUGUGCUUAAACCUCAAGUCCAGAAGUUCUUAGAGUGUGGAUUUUUUUAUUUUGAUGGAAAGGAAGUUAAAAGAUCUCAAAGCGGCACUGUCAGAACAAACUGCUUGGACUGUCUGGAUAGAACAAACAGCGUGCAGGCUUUCUUUGGCUUAGAGAUGCUAAUAAAACAACUGGAGGUAUUGGGAUUAGCUGAGAAGCCUCAGCUGGUUACUCGCUUUCAGGAAGUUUUCCGAUCCAUGUGGUCUGUGAAUGGUGAUUCUGUCAGUAAAAUUUAUGCUGGGACUGGAGCCCUCGAAGGAAAAGCUAAGCUGAAGGAUGGUGCUCGUUCUGUGACCAGAACGAUUCAAAAUAACUUUUUUGAUAGCUCCAAGCAGGAGGCCAUUGAUGUUUUGUUAUUGGGAAAUACCCUAAAUAGUGAUUUAGCAGAUAAAGCACGGGCUCUCUUAACCACCAGCAGUUUACGCGUUUCAGAGCAAUCAUUACAAUCAGCAUCUGUAAAAGUGCUAAAGAGUAUGUGUGAAAACUUUUAUAAGUAUGCAAAACCGAAAAAAAUUAGAGUCUGCGUUGGGACAUGGAAUGUCAACGGGGGGAAGCAAUUUCGAAGCAUUGCCUUUAGAAAUCAGACGCUCACUGACUGGCUUCUAGAUGCACCAAAGUUAGCUGGUAUUCAUGAAUUCCAAGAUCGCAAAAGCAAGCCUGUAGACAUAUUUGCCAUUGGAUUUGAAGAAAUGGUGGAGUUAAAUGCAGGAAACAUUGUGAAUGCCAGCACAACCAAUCAGAAGCUCUGGGCUGCUGAACUGCAGAAGACUAUAUCAAGAGAUUACAAGUACGUGCUGCUGGCUUCUGAGCAGUUGGUGGGCGUCUGCCUUUUUGUGUUCAUCAGGCCCCAGCACGCUCCUUUUAUCAGGGAUGUUGCUGUUGAUACUGUAAAGACCGGCAUGGGAGGAGCCACUGGUAAUAAAGGCGCAGUAGCAAUUCGGAUGUUGUUUCAUACGUCCAGCCUUUGCUUUGUCUGCAGUCAUUUUGCUGCAGGGCAAUCACAAGUUAAGGAGAGAAACGAAGACUUCGUAGAAAUAGCUCGCAAGCUCAGUUUUCCAAUGGGAAGGAUGCUCUUUUCCCAUGACUAUAUCUUUUGGUGUGGUGACUUUAAUUAUCGAAUAGAUAUUCCAAAUGAGGAGGUUAAGGACCUAAUACGACAACAGAACUGGGAACCUCUUAUAGCAGGAGACCAACUUAUCAAUCAGAAAAAUUCUGGACAGAUUUUUAGGGGAUUUUUGGAAGGGAAAAUAAAUUUUGCUCCUACAUACAAAUAUGAUCUAUUUUCUGAUGACUAUGACACCAGUGAAAAAUGUCGCACACCGGCAUGGACAGAUCGUAUUCUUUGGAGAAGAAGAAAGUGGCCUUUUGACCGAUCAGCGGAAGACCUGGAUCUUCUGAAUGCUAGUUUUCACGAUGACAGCAAUGUCCCUUAUACGUGGAAUCCUGGUACUUUGUUGCACUAUGGAAGAGCAGAGCUGAAAACAUCUGAUCAUAGGCCUGUGGUUGCAUUGAUUGACAUUGACAUAUUUGAAAUUGAAGCGGAAGAGAGACAAAAAAUUUAUAAAGAGGUGAUUGCAGUGCAAGGACCACCUGAUGGUACUGUAAUGGUCUCCAUCAGAAGUUCUUCAGCAGAAGAAAACUAUUUUGAUGAUAACUUGAUUGAUGAUCUUCUUCAAAAAUUUGCAAGCUAUGGUGAAGUUAUACUUAUAAGGUUCGUUGAGGACAAGAUGUGGGUAACAUUUUUGGAAGGAAGCUCUGCUUUGAAUGUUAUGAAUUUAAAUGGUACUGAGCUACUAGGAAGGAUUAUAAACAUAAGCUUGAAAAAUCCAGAUUGGAUCAGAAGUUUGGAAGAUGAAAUGAAUCUAGAGAAGAUUAAUAUUGGGCUGCCUUCAUCAACAAGCUCCACUUUGCUUUGUGAAGAUGCAGAAGUUACUGCAGACUAUGAUAUGGAAGGAGACAUUGAUGACUACAGUGCUGAAGUAGAAGAAAUCCUUCCUCAGCAUCUACAGCCAACUUCAAGCUCUGGUCUUGGAACCUCUCCAAGCUCUUCACCACGUUCCAGUCCCUGUCAAUCCCCUACGCUGCCAGAGGCACCUACGCUCCCGGUGAGACCGAGCCGAGCACCAACAAAAACUCCUGGACCACCUCCCACUUCAACUAAUGCUCCUAUCAACUCUGAAUUUCAACUUGGUACCCAGCAGAAAGAGUCUUCUCAGAGCUUAGAGCCUAAGCGUCCUCCACCACCUCGCCCUGUUGCUCCUCCUGCACGCCCUGCUCCACCACAGAGGCCACCUCCACCAUCAGGCGGUAGGAGUCCUGCACCUGCUAGAAAAGAAUUUGGAGGUCUUGGAGCUCCUCCCAGUCCUGGGGUAGCUAGGAGAGAAGUAGAAGCACAAAAAAGUCCUGGAACACAAAGAAAAGAUAACUUAGUUCGUAAUCAGCCUCCACCUUCAACUGGAAUUUCAAGUGCAGGAACUGCUGGAUAUGGUACAACCAGACCGACCAUUCCACCUCGAGCAGGAGUUAUUAGUGCACCACAAAGCCAUGCCCGUCCCUCUGGGGGAAGACCAGCACCUGAAACUCAGACCAAACCAGCUGAACCACCAAGGGGCUCGCCUUUGCUUCCCGAACCACUAAAGCCUCAGGCUGCUGGACCUGCUCAGCCCACCACUCCGCCACCACCUGCACUAAGGAUGCAGGAGCCUCUGAUACCUGUGGCAUCGCAUCCCGCUCAGACAAGUGCCCCACAAAGUCUGGAACCCCCACAACCGCCCCCUCGUAGCCGAUCAUCUCACAGUUUGCCUUCUGAAUCUGCUCCUUCACAGCAGCAAAUUAAAACAAAUGGAACAUACGGCACUAAGCUUGAAACACAAUUAAACAGUGACCCUUUUGAAGAUUUGUCAUUUGAGCUGCUUGUGUCAAAGAUGCAGACAUCUGUUCGAACGUCACCUGUUCCAACUUUAAACCAAAAGGAGUUGAUACAGUUGCCUUCAGCAACACAAAGAAAUGCUGAUAUUUUGAAUACUGUAAAUUGCAUGCCAGCAAUGCCUCCUAUUCCAACCUUUAACGCAUCCCAGGAACAUAAGCGCAGCUCUCCAAAUCCAUUUAUUACUGGACUGAACUGCACAAAUCCAUUCACUGAGAGAACUCUUAAUGCUGGAAACCCAUUUAGAACGGAAACGCAAGAGUCUGAAAUAACUUCACAUUUACUAGAAGGACGUGCUGCUUGCAAUCCUUUCCCUUCUCUGAAUCCCCCCAGCUGUAAUACAAGCAAGCCUGUAUUUUCUGCUGAUGCAUCUGAAAACACUUUUUGCGUGCGAAGUAGAUCUCUCAUGGUGAAAAACGUACAGCCAAAAGGAUGGGUAACGUUUGAGGAGGAGGAGGAGAAUUUCAAUGUAAAGCUAAAGCCAUCUAAAAGUGUUUCUGAUUUUAAGCGAAUCAGUUCCAGGAAGUCAGCUGGAUCUCCAGAUUUUCCGGGCACUGAACAAAAUACUUUUCUUGGUUCAGACUGGAAUAGAAGUUCUACUGAUUGCUUCUAUACGAUGCCAGCGAGACGACCACCUGCACCUCCUAUACCGUCAAGAAUAACCAGCAACACAUCCCCUGCAGAUCCUUUCACUUCUUUGGCACCUAAGGUGUCGCCAACGCACGAUUUUACAGAAAGAUAG